AUGCAGCUCAAGACACUCAUCCCCGUCCUCGCAGCCGCGACCCCCAUCGCCGCCCUCGGCAAGGCAACAGUCGUCAACAACUGCGCCUACGAGGUCUCCCUCUGGUCCGUCGGCAGCGGCGUCGCCUCCGCGGGACAGCUCGCGGCGGGCGGCGGCGCCUACUCGGAGACGUUCUACCGCGACCCCGUCACCGGCGGCAAGGCGCUCAAGAUCACUCUCGCGCGCGACGGCCUCUUCACCGGCGCCGCGCAGCUCAACUUUGCUUACAACCUCGACGGCGGCCAGGUCUGGUACGACCUGAGCACCGUCUUCGGCGACGCCUUCCGCGGGGCCAAGCUCGUCGUCGCCAGCAGGCAGACGACGUGCCCUGCCAUUGUGUGGCCUCAGGGCGUCAGCCCCGGAGGCAGUCAGGUCAAGGUGUGCACGUCGGAGCAGGAUGUCGUGUUGACUCUUUGCUCCCCUUAG